AUGCCUAUUUCAGAGUUAGAGAGGAAGAGGCAAGCUAACAUCGCAAGGAAUCAGUUAUUGCUAAACGAUCUUGGGAUUGAAAAGGUUAAGGGUGACUUUUACAAUGAAUUGGCUCCAAAUAAGGGAACGAAUCUUCUCAAGAAAGUUAAGAAAGAGAAGAGAAAUCAAGAUAAAAUUUCUGAUAUCCCUGUAAGGAGAUCACGAAGAAUAGCUGGGGUAAAGCUACAAGAUAGUCAAAAUGAUUUCAAUCUCUCAAUAGAAAACGCAAAAAAGAGAGAUUGGGGAGACUCUGACUUCUCCGACAAUUUACGUCUUGAGGGUGAUUUGAAGUUAAAUGAUGUUUUUGGCAACGAGCCUGACACAGUUGAAAGAUUGAGUAAAUCUUUUCACGGUAAAGAUUAUCUCAGGACAGCACUUGAACGUGAAGCAGGAAAGAAUUUUGGCAACGAGGGCAUAGCAUCUCUGCGAGAUGAACUUGGUUCUCUCAACCUUUUCAAAGGAUUUGACCCUUCCAAGAUUAGACUUACGAGUCAAAGAAUGACAUCCAUACAGUUUCAUCCAUAUGUAGACCGAAAAAUUGUAAUCGGUGGUGAUAAAACCGGACAGAUUGGAAUAUGGCCCACAGAUGAUAAGAAAGUGAUCAGUUUAGGCGAGGAAUAUUAUGAGGAUUAUGAACCCGCUAUCACCUAUUUAAAACUUCAUGGAAAGAAUAUUAGUCGACUCCAAGUCAAUCCUGAAGAGCCGAAAAAGAUCUACAGCGCUAGCUAUGAUGGCUCGGUGAGAUGUCUCAAUCUCGGAAAAUUAUUAUCGGAGAAUAUUAUGUCUUUUAACAGCGUAAACGGAACAGCUGAGGGGAUAACUGAUAUCAACUUUGUCAGUCCAAAUGUUUAUUAUUUUACUACGUUGUCUGGUUUAUUUGGUCAGCACGAUCUCAGAACACCAGAAUCGACCAAGGAUUUCAAAGUCCUGAGGUGUCAUGACAAGAAAAUUGGGUCAUUUGCCAUCAAUCCAUCAUUAUCCUCCCAAUUCACUACCGCUUCAUUAGACAGAUCUCUUCGGGUAUGGGACCUAAGAAAGAUCAGCACAGUAUCGUUAUCUCAAGACCAAGAGCAUUAUCCUUCCCCGCUAUGCCUAGGAUCAUUUACCUCAAAACUAUCAGUAAGCGGUACAGAUUGGAACAGAAGUGGGGAUAUCGUUUGUAACGGUUAUGCCAAUGAGAUUAGCAUUUUUAAUAACAAGAAUUUUCUAUCCUUACCAAGAUCAAACUAUUCGUCACAGCGCAACAAAACCCCAGCAAACGAUGGCGCUGCUGAAAACUUAAUUCCAGAUCACAUACUAAAACACAACUGUCAAACUGGUAGGUGGGUGUCUAUCCUCAAGGCCAAGUGGCAGACAAAUCCUUCAGACAGUAUUGAAAAGUUUAUUAUUGCAAAUAUGAAUCGUAGCUUCGAUAUUUAUUGUUCAAAUGGAAUUCAAGUGGGUAAUAUACGUCAUGCAUUAAUGAAUACUGUUCCUGCUGUCAGUUGUUUCCAUCCAACCCAGAAUUGGUUGGUUGGUGGUUCUGCAAGUGGUAAAUGCUACCUUUUUGACAAUGAAAGGGAAUGA